AGCACCGAUCUCCCUCUCUCUCAUCCUUUCUCUCUCCAUAACGCUGUCUUUCCUUCCUCGCCUCAUAUAUCUUCAGGCCAAAUCAAAACCCUCCCUCUCUAUCUCUCCCCCUCAUAUAAGAGGGCUUCUAAUCUUUACAAUACUUGCAUAUAUAAGGCACUUGCUUUUCAAAAUUUGGCGCUCUGGUCAAUUUUCCCACUCUUUCUCACUCGAUUCUACAGAAAUUUCUUGGAUUUUUCCGAUCUGAACGAACCCUAGAUUUCUCUUUAUUCGAAUUGUUUUGGAUCUGUCAUCUGUUUGUCUCAGAUCUUUCUUGUUUUUGAUCGAAAACUACUAAGAAUCGAUUUGUCGAAUUUUAUUUUUCAUUAUACUCUACUUUUGAAAUUGAAAUUAAAAUUGGGUAAAGGUUGUGAAGAGGGCAGGGCAUAAGUAUAUAAAAGUUUGUGAAAAUUGAAGAUUAACGGGUCGAUUCUUGAUCGGCUGGGUUAGGAGGGAUAUUAGGGUUCCAAAAAGUUUGUUGUUUGGGGAAGAGAAGAGGGGUAGAUACCGUAGAUGGCGGAUCAAGUCUUGGAAGGGAGCCAACCUGUGGAUCUUUCCAAGCACCCGUCUGGCAUCGUUCCUACUCUUCAAAACAUAGUCUCAACGGUCAACUUGGAUUGCAAGUUGGAACUUAAAGCCAUUGCACUGCAAGCCCGAAAUGCAGAGUAUAAUCCCAAGCGUUUUGCUGCUGUUAUUAUGAGGAUAAGAGAACCAAAGACUACGGCUUUGAUUUUUGCCUCUGGGAAGAUGGUUUGCACUGGAGCUAAGAGCGAACAACAGUCAAAACUGGCUGCAAGGAAGUAUGCACGUAUUAUUCAAAAACUUGGGUUUCCUGCCAAGUUCAAGGACUUCAAGAUUCAGAACAUAGUUGGCUCCUGUGAUGUGAAGUUUCCUAUCAGACUUGAAGGGCUAGCAUAUUCCCAUGGUGCCUUUUCAAGUUAUGAACCAGAAUUAUUUCCAGGCCUUAUAUAUCGUAUGAAGCAACCGAAGAUCGUGCUUCUCAUAUUUGUGUCGGGGAAGAUUGUUCUUACUGGAGCAAAGGUGAGAGAUGAGACAUAUACUGCUUUUGAGAACAUCUACCCCGUCCUUACAGAGUUCAGGAAGAACCAGCAAUGAUGUGUUCCAGGAAAAGUAUCAGCUUCCGGUGACAAGCUCAACUGCAAACAUUGCUCUUUUCUAGGCAUGUUAGUAAAUGCAGUGGGUUCAACUGUGAAUAUGCGGAACUGGGACUCCUAGAUGUGCCUCUGAUAAAUUAAAGUUGUGUCAGUUUCUAAAUAUUUUUCAUCUUCCUGAGUGUGGGUAUUGUUCCCCAACCUUCGAAAAGCAGUGGGCAAGAUCCCAUUGCUGUGACCUGGGUGACUGAAGAAUGUUCAUGUAGUGUCUGCCAAUUAUUAAGGUUGAUGGCAGAGAGAGUGGACUGAAGAACAAGUAGAGUACCUUUUGGGUUCUUUAAUGUGGACUCUUCUGUUAUUGAUACAUAAAUCCGAUUUUGCUUGUAGGGCCCUUAUUGUGAUAUGAAUGACUCAUUCUGAUUUUGAGUCUGAAAUUUUAUUCUUGUAUAGUGGAUUGGUUGGCUUAACAA